AUCAGUUGGUGACAGACCUCCGCCAUUUAUGCACAUCCCUACGGGUUUCCGGAUUUAAAAAUCGAUUUAAAAAUCGUGUAAAUUCGCGUAGUGUUGUGUAGUGAACUUUUAAGUGUUCCUUUUUUAAAAUUUGGUUGGGGUUUUGUUUUUAAUUUCUAGAGUUUUAAGAACUUUUAAAGUCAAUCGCUAAACAGUGUUGUGUUUUUUACUUUAUGACACCGAAAUAAAUAAAAAGACAAAAAAAAAACAAAUAUCUCAACUCAACCAACGCAAUCAGCCGUUCACUAGUGAAGUGAAGUGUUUAUGGUUUUGUAUUGGAUAUUAAUUCGAUUCAUCAAUAUUGCCGGGUUUGUGUGGAACUAUUUCAAGAUGAUGAAGAGAAGAACAUCGAAGCGUUUUGUUCUGGGAGACGCGGACGAAACCCCGCCAAAUUUCGAAAAUGACGAAGCGACAGAGGUGUUGCCAGUUAAUCAUCUACAAAAGUUCCAAAUGACGCUUGAAACGGAUCCUGACGACGUGGAGCCAGAGACAAAAAAUGCUGUAGAAAUUUCUGGAAGGCUUUUAAGACCUCCUAAUGGCGCUGGGACGCUGCAGCCUUCUAUGUCCCAGGGUACCGUAAUCCACAGCCAGCGGUUCCAGGAGAAGGACUUUACUGUUGCCACGCCUGAGGAGUUCGUCCGUAGGUUCCAGGGCACGAAGCCUAUUAAUAAGGUGCUGAUUGCGAACAACGGCAUAGGUGCUGUGAAAUGCAUGCGAUCUAUCAGAAGAUGGUCCUAUGAGAUGUUCAAGAACGAGCGUGCUGUACGCUUCGUCGUUAUGGUGACCCCGGAAGACCUGAAAGCCAACGCGGAGUACAUCAAAAUGGCUGACCACUAUGUACCUGUCCCCGGUGGAUCCAAUAAUAACAAUUAUGCCAAUGUGGAGCUCAUUGUGGAUAUCGCUAUCCGGACUCAAGUGCAGGCCGUAUGGGCUGGUUGGGGACACGCUUCCGAGAACCCCAAGCUACCAGAACUCCUCCACCGCGCGGGGGUUGUGUUUAUAGGACCGCCCGAGAAGGCUAUGUGGGCCCUAGGCGACAAGAUAGCCUCAUCCAUCGUAGCCCAAACCGCUGAUAUACCUACAUUGCCCUGGAGCGGCAGUGAGUUAAAAGCCGAAUACAACACGAAGAAGAUAAAGAUAUCGUCGGAACUGUUCGCCAAAGGGUGUGUGACCACGCCCGAACAAGGGCUGCAAGCUGCUAAUAAGAUUGGGUUCCCCGUGAUGAUCAAGGCCUCGGAGGGCGGCGGCGGCAAAGGAAUCAGGAAGGUGGAGAACCCAGACGAUUUCCACAACAUGUUCAGACAGGUGCAAGCCGAGGUACCUGGGUCCCCGAUAUUCGUGAUGAAGCUAGCUCGAUCUGCUAGACAUUUGGAGGUACAACUCUUGGCUGAUCAGUACGGCAACGCUAUAUCGUUAUUCGGCCGCGAUUGCUCCAUCCAGCGUCGACACCAGAAGAUCAUCGAGGAGGCGCCGGCCGCAGUCGCGAAGCCCGACGUCUUUAUUGAGAUGGAGAAGGCCGCAGUCCGCCUCGCCAAAAUGGUGGGCUACGUGAGCGCAGGGACAGUAGAAUACCUGUACGAACCCGCUUCAGACACUUACUACUUCCUGGAAUUGAACCCGAGACUUCAAGUCGAACAUCCCUGUACUGAGAUGGUGGCUGAUGUUAAUCUACCUGCCGCGCAAUUGCAGAUCGCCAUGGGCCUGCCCCUGUACCACAUCAAGGACAUCCGCCUGCUGUACGGGGAGUCCCCGUGGGGCCUCACUCAGAUCGACUUCGACAGCCCCAAGCAGCGACCCUCGCCCUGGGGACACGUCAUCGCCGCUAGAAUCACCUCCGAGAACCCCGACGAAGGCUUUAAACCCUCGUCUGGUACAGUGCAAGAGUUGAACUUCAGAUCGUCCAAGAACGUGUGGGGUUAUUUCAGUGUGGCGGCCUCGGGCGGUUUGCACGAAUUCGCCGAUUCCCAAUUCGGACACUGCUUCUCUUGGGGGGAGACCAGGGAACAGGCCAGAGAAAACCUUGUAAUAGCUCUCAAAGAGCUAUCAAUCCGUGGAGACUUCAGAACUACUGUGGAGUACCUCAUAACUCUGCUGGAGACUGCUGCCUUCCAAGAGAACAAUAUCGACACCAGUUGGCUCGACGCCCUUAUUGCUGAGAGGAUGCAAUCGGAGAAGCCUGACAUAAUGCUUGGCGUUAUCUGUGGUUCUAUACUCAUCGCGGACAAUAUCAUCACAGCACAUUUCCAGGAAUUCAAGAGUGCUUUGGAGAAGGGUCAAAUCCAGGGCUCCAGCCAGCUGUCAAACUGCGUGGACGUGGAGCUGAUACACAGCGGACAUAAAUACAAGAUCACCGCGACCAAAUCCGGUCCGACUUCGUAUUUUCUGGCCAUGAACGGGAGUUUUAAGGAGAUGGAGGUUCAUAAAUUGAGCGAUGGAGGCAUCCUACUCUCAAUCGACGGCGCCUCGUACACGACCUACUUAAAGGACGAAGUGGACAAAUAUCGGAUCGUGAUCGGAAACCAAACGGUUGUCUUCGAAAAGGAGAAGGACCCUUCGAAACUUAGGGCGCCAUCUGCCGGCAAGUUGAUCAACACUCUGAUUGAAGACGGCGGUCACGUGGACAAGGGACAACCGUACGCUGAAAUUGAGGUGAUGAAAAUGGUGAUGACUUUGUCCGCCCCGGAGUCUGGAAAAGUGACGUGGAAUCUCAGGCCUGGCGCAGUGUUGGACAUGGGCUCGCUUAUUGGAACAUUGGAACUGGACGAUCCAUCGUUGGUGACCACCGCCCAACCUUACAAGGGCCAGUUCCCACUAGAGGACAAUUCGCCCGUUUCGGAAAAACUGAAUCACGCGCACAACAAAUACAGAGCUAUAUUGGAGAACACUCUAGCUGGAUACUGCCUACCAGAGCCGUACAACACACCUAGACUCCGAGAAAUCGUUGAGAAAUUCAUGUUGAGUCUAAGAGAUCCGUCGCUGCCACUACUUGAAUUGCAGGAGGUACUAUCAUCAACCUCUGGUCGCAUCCCCAUAGCAGUGGAGAAGAAGGUGCGGAAAUUAAUGGCUUUGUAUGAGAGGAAUAUCACCAGCGUGCUGGCCCAGUUCCCGAGCCAGCAGAUCGCCAGCGUCAUCGAUCAUCACGCAGCGUCGCUAGCGAAACGUGCUGACAGAGAUGUGUUCUUCAUGAGUACACAAGCUUUGGUAGUGCUCGUACAGAGAUAUAGGAACGGCAUCCGUGGUAGAAUGAAGGCGGCGGUGCACGAUCUCCUCAAACAGUACUACCAGGUGGAAUGUAAUUUCCAACUCGGAUCGUACGACAAGUGUGUAGUGACUCUAAGAGAUCGCUAUAAGGACGAUAUGCAACCUGUUGCCAACAUCAUUUUCUCCCACAACCAGGUCGCUAAGAAGAAUCUAUUGGUGACGCUACUGAUCGACCAUCUAUGGUCAAACGAACCCGGCUUGACGGACGAGUUGGCGGCCACCCUCAAUGAGCUGACGUCUCUCCAUAGAGCAGAACAUAGCAGAGUCGCUUUGAGAGCGAGACAGGUCCUCAUCGCAGCUCACCAACCGGCGUACGAGCUGCGCCACAACCAAAUGGAGUCCAUAUUCCUGUCAGCUGUCGACAUGUAUGGACACGACUUCCACCCUGAGAACCUUCAGAAGUUGAUCCUGUCUGAGACUUCUAUAUUCGACAUUCUACACGAUUUCUUCUACCACACCAAUGCUGCGGUAUGCAAUGCGGCCUUAGAAGUGUACGUGCGUCGCGCCUACACGUCGUACGACAUCACAUGCCUGCAGCACCUGGCUUUGUCCGGAGAAUUGGGCGUGGUGCACUUCCAGUUCGUGCUGCCCACUGGACAUCCCAAUAGAAUCCCGAUCAGCCAAUCAGAGAUCGAGUUGUCCGCGGCGCAAGACCAAGAGGGCAUCCCAGCCGAGCUGUGCACGGCCGCGAUGAGGAAAUGCCACCACAGGACGGGGGCGCUCGCUGCGUUCGAUUCGUUCGAUCAGUUCGUGCAGUACGCCGACGAGCUGUUGGAUCUCGUCCAUGAUUUUGCUAGCUCCGCCAAUGUCAGGAGAGAGGACCUGCAAGCGCUGCAGGACGGCAGUGAGAGCCGCGACAGCACUAGCAUCAACGUCGGUGCUGAUUACAAGGCUGCUGACGUCGAUGACGUGCCAUUGGAACCGAUCCACAUUCUGAUGAUCAGUAUUCGCGACAACGGCGAAUGUGACGACGGCCAGGUCGCGCGCAGGUUCGGCAACUUCUGCCGCGCGCACAGACACGAAUUGCAACAGAAGAGAAUAAGGAGGAUUACCUUUAUGUCUCUUAUCAAGCGCCAAUUCCCCAAAUUCUUCACGUACCGCGCGCGCAACGAUUUCACAGAAGACACGAUUUACCGCCAUCUUGAGCCGGCGUCGGCUUUCCAACUGGAACUGUACAGGAUGAGGAGCUACGAGCUGGAGGCGCUGCCUACAAGCAACCAGAAGAUGCACUUGUAUCUCGGCAAAGCCAAGGUGAAGAAGGGACAAGAGGUGACAGACUAUCGCUUCUUCAUCCGCUCCAUCAUCAGACAUCAGGAUCUCAUCACGAAAGAGGCUUCGUUUGAAUAUCUACAGAAUGAGGGAGAAAGGGUGCUGCUAGAAGCCAUGGAUGAAUUGGAGGUGGCCUUCUCCCACCCCCUGGCCAAGAGGACUGACUGUAACCAUAUCUUCCUCAACUUCGGACCCACAGUUAUCAUGGAUCCUGCUAAGAUAGAAGAGUCGGUGUUAGGAAUGGUGAUGCGUUACGGGCCCAGACUGUGGAAACUCAGGGUCCUGCAGGCGGAGAUCAGAUUUACACUUAGGAUCGGGCCCGGGGCGCCGACGAAAAACGUCCGUCUGUGUCUGUCGAACGGUUCUGGCUAUUCAUUGGACGUGUACACUUAUGAGGAAGUGUCGGACCCUAGGACUGGAGUGAUAAUGUUCCACUCGUUCGGGUCCCGUCAGGGCCCCAUGCAUGGCCUGCCCAUUUCAACGCCAUACGUCACGAAGGAUUACCUGCAACAGAAGAGGUUUUUGGCAACAUCGCAAGGAACGACAUAUGUGUACGACAUCCCGGACAUGUUUAGACAGACUGUUGAAAAGAGAUGGCGAGACUGUAUAGAAGAGGGCAGCGUUGAUGGUCCACCACCAGAUAUCGUGAUGUCAUCAGUGGAACUGGUGAUCGAACCUGAUGGUGAGAGAAGGGUCGUCGAAGUGACUAGGUUGCCUGGACAGAAUACUGUGGGCAUGGUGGCCUGGCGUUUGACCCUUUUCACUCCGGAGUGCCCUGAGGGACGCGACAUUAUCCUCAUAGCUAACGAUCUGACCCACUAUAUGGGGUCGUUUGGACCCCAAGAAGACUGGGUCUACUACAAAGCUUCGCAGUAUGCUAGGGAGCUGAAGAUACCUAGAAUCUACGUGAGCGUAAACUCAGGCGCUCGUAUCGGUGUUGCGGAAGAAGUGAAAUCCGACUUCAACGUGGCGUGGUUGGACUCUGAGCGCCCCGAACGCGGAUUCAAAUACCUGUACCUCACGCCGGAGUCGUUCUCGCGACUCGGGCCGCUGGGCUCUGUUAAGACGCAGCUCAUAGACGACGAGGGGGAGGCGAGGUACAGGAUCACCGAUAUCAUUGGCAAAGAAGACGGUCUAGGUGUGGAAUGUCUGCGUGACGCUGGUCUCAUCGCAGGGGAGACAGCACAAGCUUACGAAGAUAUCGUCACGAUCUCCAUUGUCACCUGCAGGGCCAUCGGGAUUGGCUCCUACGUCGUCAGACUGGGCCAUCGUGUGAUCCAAGUUGAAUCUUCCUACAUCAUCCUGACUGGAUACGCCGCUCUCAACAAAGUGCUGGGCCGCGCCGUCUACGCCAGUAACAACCAAUUGGGCGGUGUACAGGUGAUGCAUCACAAUGGAGUCUCCCACGCGGUAGCCCCAUCAGAUUUGGACGCUGUCAGGACCGCAGUCAGGUGGCUGUCAUUUGUGCCCAAGGACAAACUGAGCAUAGUCCCGAUAAUGCGUCCCGGCGACCCCGUGGACCGCGGCGUGGAGUGGGUCCCGCCGCGCGCGGCCCACGAUCCGCGGCUCAUGCUUGCCGGCGACUCCGCCCGCGCCGGCUUCUUCGACGUCGGCACUUUCGACGAGAUCAUGAGGCCUUGGGCGCAGACCGUCAUCACUGGCCGCGCCCGCCUCGGCGGUAUCCCAGUGGGCGUGGUGGCCGUGGAGACCAGGACGGUGGAGCUGACGCUGCCGGCCGACCCCGCCAACCUCGACUCUGAGGCCAAGACCCUGCAGCAAGCUGGACAGGUAUGGUUCCCGGACUCCGCGUACAAAACCUCGCAAGCCAUCAACGACUUCUCCAGAGAAGGCCUGCCCAUCAUUAUCUUCGCCAACUGGCGGGGGUUCAGCGGGGGCCAGAAGGACAUGUACGAGCAAAUCCUGAAAUUCGGCGCCGAGAUCGUGCGCGCGCUGCGCGCGGCGGCCGCGCCCGUGCUGGUGUACGUGCCGCCCGGCGCGGAGCUGCGCGGCGGCGCGUGGGCGGUCGUCGACCCCAGCGUCAACAGGAACCGCAUGGAGAUGUAUGCUGACCCCGACGCCAGAGGCGGAGUGCUGGAAGCUGAGGGUAUAGUGGAGGUGAAGUAUAAACAGAGGGACAUACUGAAGACCAUGCAUCGGUUGGACCCAGAACUACUGCGACUGAGUGCCAGGGUGCAAGAAAUAAAGGAGCAAAUCAAGGAAUUUUCCAAACAGUUGGACCGCCGAGGCUCAAUAGACGACGUCCUUGUUAAAACGGACGCCGGCAAAGCGGCGGAAAGCCGAGUACGGGAGCUGGACACGGAACUGUCAUCUCUGGAGAAAUCCGUAAAAGCUCGUGAAAAAGAACUAAGCCCUAUAUACCACGAAGUAGCAGUGCAGUUUGCCGAGCUACACGACACCGCCGAGAGAAUGCUUGAAAAGGGCUGCAUAUUUGACAUAAUCCCGUGGCGCGAUUCCCGCCGGUUACUAUUCUGGCGUCUGCGACGAUUGCUGCGUCAGAACUCGCAGGAGAAGCGGGUGCAGGCGGCGGUGGGGGCCGCGGGGGGCAUGGACCACGGGGCCGCGGCGGCAACGCUCAGGAGGUGGUUCACUGAGGACCUGGGAGAGACUUUAUCCCACCAAUGGGAGCACAACAACGAAGCGGUGUGCAAAUGGCUGGAGGCCCAGGUGGGAGACGAGAACUCUGUGUUGGAGAGGAAUCUGAAGGCGAUCAGACAAGACGCCGUGCUGCAAACAGUCAACGGCUUGGUCAUGGAGCUGACGCCAUCCCAAAGAUCAGAAUUUAUACGCAAUUUAUCGUCCCUAGAUAUAGAGUGAACAGUUUAGAUAGAUAAUAGACGAACAAAUAGAGGGAAUCACUCGUAGAUAUGUACAAAUAUAAAAUAUGUUUAUGUCUUUAUCAAUGGCCAAAGAUCGAACAAAUAAUACGCGCAUGGGCAAUGUAAAAGUCAUCGCUUAGAUAUUGUAACUAUACGUGAAAAUGAGUUUUUGACUUUUGAUGGGUUUCGACAUUCUGACAGUUCAAUUGAAAAUUAUCAUUUUCUAAGAAAAUAUUAAUGUCAACAAAUUUUUAGUUACACACAGGUUUUUGAAAUCCAAAUGCGAUAUUGAUUUGCCAAAUAUAAUUGUUACAUUACGUUUAUAUUAUAUUCUGAAUUUUUUGUGCUUUGUUUUCAAAUUAUAGUUAUAAAAAAAUUACUUUUUAUACUUCUAUGUAUAUAUAUAUAUAUAUCACCAUUCACCAUUUUUUAAGUGUGAGGAAACAAAAGAAAAGAUAUAUUUUUCCGAAAACAUUGUAUAUACAAAAUUUUUGUAUUAUUUUGUAGAAGAAUAUAAAUUUUAUCAUGUCUUAUUGUAAUGUUUAUAUCUAAUAAAUAUUAAUAUAUAUAUAUACGGCUUGUUGGAUCUGUCUAUAAAUAUAAACAAAUUUUAAAUUAUGAAAAACAAUGAUUUAUAAUUGGCUCUCAACAUCUCUGGCCAUUUUUAAAGAAUUGCUAUAUCGAAAAUAUAUUUGCAAGCAUGGCAACACUUUUUUUAAAUGGCUACCGAUAUUUAUUAGAAUUUCAAUUUACCACCUUAUAUGAGCUUUCAAAUAGAUUAGAUUUAAACGAAUUUAUAUUUCUGGGUAAUAUACUGUUCUAUUUUUAUCAUCAAGCUACCCUGAAUUGAACUUUAAGCGCAGGUAAUAACGCCUAUUUUUCAUUGGACUUGGGUAGGUUGAGGUCUCGUUGACCGUACUACAAAAAAUGUAUAUAAAAUAGAUUAAUUUAGUCAACGCUGCCAUUUUUUAUAUUAAUUUUUUACUUUGUGGAUUUUGUGAGGAAUUUAUAAAUGGUUUUGACAUUUAAUAUUUUGGUACUAUAUGUAACAUUUUAUAUGCGUGCGCGAUGAAAUAUAUGUUGGAUAAAUUUCGGCCUCGGGAGUUAUUCUAGUCAAAUUAAUGACUAAUUAAAAAUUUUAUAGCAGUUUUUGUAAAAUGGUAUCAAAAUGUUUGAUGUGAGACGAGGGGCGCUAGUGUAGAGUGAGGUCCGAAAUGGAAAACCCAAAGAUUAAUUUGCGCACGCAUUAAAUAUCAAUAUAUUGCGGAUUUUCAAAUCGGCCGUAGCGACUGGACCCCACUCGCUAGUGGCGCCGCGUAGUCGUGAGGUUAUUGUAUCGUAAAUAGAGAAAUAGGCCUGUGGCGUUUUAAUUUUAAUUCACUUUUUUAUGUUAAACGCAAUUAUGUCUUUAUUCCAUUUUAUAUAAUUUGACAUAUAAUUUCAUGCCCUCUUUAUUAUUGUAUGUAAAAAUUAACCAAUUUCAGUUAAUAUAUGUUUUGUCUCUUUUUAACAUUAUCAAAUACAUUAAAGCAAGAUGAGGACAAAACAUAUCCUAACUAAAAUAAUUUACUAUGUGUUGUCGAUGGUAUAUAUAAAGCAUCAUUAGGUUUUUUACUAGAGUUUUUAAAAAUACUGUCAUCCGGCUCGAAGGACCAACAAAUACGAAUAAAUGGAUGACAGCGUCCAGCCGGUUCAAUAUAUAUAUAUAUAUAUAUAUAUAUAUA